AUGCAUCACGAGUAUCUUAUAAUAAUAAUGAACAAAUUAUCAUUAAUACAAUUGUUUAUAUUCACUUUUGUCAUUUUAACAAUAAACAUAAACGGUGCUAAUACAGAUACAUAUGACAAACGUGCAAGUUUGGCAUAUUUCAAACGUCGAAGUGAAAUAUCCGAUUCAACAUCUGAUUCACCAUCUAAACGUGCAACAUUAUACUAUUAUAAACGUGGUCAAUAUAAUCAACAACCAAGAGGAAUACAUGAUAUAAGACAAAUUGCUGAAAUUUGUCCAUGUUUAAAUAAAGAUUAUUUACAUUGGCUUGAAGAAAAUCUACUCAUCAGUAAGCAUAAUAAUAAUGAGGAUGAUCAUAAUCUGGAAUCAGAAAAACGUGCAAGUUUAUCUUAUUUCAAAUGA